AUUUUUCUGAGCGAUAAUUGGGAAUAGAAAAGACUUAUAAUUUUUUGUUAGAAAGCAAAAAUAAAUAAUCUAGGAUGUUAACACUUGAUAAUACCGUCCGUAGAUGAACCGUAGAAAAAUUUUCUCUAUUAAAGCCUUGAAAUAUCCUCUACUUGAUUGUCAAUUUUCUAACCUAACGGUAUAAAGUAAUGGCAGAUCCAAAAGCAUUACAAAAAGAUGCUUUUACAUUUGCCAGCAGAGCUGUUGAAUGUGAUAAACAAGAUAUGAUUGAAAAUGCAGUGUUCUAUUAUCAGGAGGCAGCAAACGCUCUAUUAUCGGCAUCUUUAUAUCAAAACGAUAGGCCAGAUUUUAUAGAAAAAGCACAAGAGUACCUUAAUAGAUCGGAGCAGUUAAAAACUUCACAACAUGCUAGAACGUCUUUCAACGAGCCAGUAAAAACAGAAAUUCAAAAAAAUAUAGAACGAAUAAAAUGUCUCUUAAACGAAGCUUGCGAAGCAGACGAAAUUAAUAAGGAUGAGGAAGCUUUAGAGAUUUAUAUGGAAGCUGCUGAAAUUUGCAUUAAAAUAUCUAAAGAAACGACAGAUGAAAUUUUAAAAAAGAAACUAAAAGAUCAAGCUAGUAAUGCUUUAUCGAGGGCUGAAACUUUAAAAUCCAGAAUAAACUCUGUUGCCUCAAAUACAACUAGAAAAAAUUCAACAACUAAUGCAAAACCUCUUGGAAGUCUAUUGAAUGAUGGUGAACCUUCAUUGAGUAGUGGAAGUAAAGGAACUGCACCAAAACCAACUGGUGGAUCAUAUACGAAAGAAGAAAAGGAUGUACUUAAAACCACAUCAACCAUUAAUGGAAGAGAAUAUGUUCCUUUUAUGAUUGGAGAUUUAAAGGAAAAAUUUGCCUUUCCAAUCCCUUAUACAGAUAAAUGGGGACAUCUGCAAAUGUCUGAUAAACAGAAACAGAGAUUUUCUCGUUGGGUUAGGCCUGACGAAAUAACCCCCGAACCAAAAAUGAUUUAUAUUGUCUCUCCUAUGAGCAUUCGACAAACGAUUAUUUCCGAUUGCUCUUUCGUCGCCUCAUUAGCCGUUAGUGCACAAUAUGAAAGACGUUUUAAUAAGAAACUUAUAACAAGAAAGGUUACCAUAGAUGAUCUUUUACCAAUGAGCGCUUCUGGGGAGUUAUUGUGUUCUUAUUCGUCAAACAAGGGAGAGUUAUGGGUCUCUCUUUUGGAAAAAGCUUAUCUGAAAGUAAUGGGUGGUUAUGAUUUUCCUGGUUCCAAUUCUAAUAUAGAUUUACAUGCGCUUACUGGUUGGAUUCCUGAAAGAUUAUCGAUUGAUAAUGAAUUUGACGCUGAUAAGGAGUAUAAAAGGAUUUGCGAAAGAUUUCACAGAGGCGAUUGCUUGGUAACUGUUGCCACUGGGAAAAUUUCUGAGGGUGACGCGGAUAGGGCUGGACUAGUUCCUACUCAUGCCUAUGCCUUAUUGGAUAUACGUGAAGUUAAGGGCCAUAAGUUAAUUCAGUUAAAGAAUCCCUGGAGCCAUUUAAGAUGGAGAGGAAAUUUCUCUGAAUUGGAUAUUAAUCAUUGGACUCCAGAGAUGCAAAAACUUUGCAAUUAUAAUCCGGAAAGUGCUCAGAAUCAUGAUAAUGGCGUGUUUUGGAUUGAUUACGACUCCCUAAGGAAAUUUUUCUCAGUCAUUUAUCUUAACUGGAAUCCUGAAUUGUUUAAGCAUACUACUUGCGUUCAUCAUACAUGGAAAGCUAAAGAAGGACCUAAGAAGGAUAGCUAUAAUAUUGGAGAUAAUCCACAGUAUAAGCUUGAAAUUAAACAAAAGGGAAGUUGUGCAAUAUGGAUUCAGUUAACGAGGCAUAUAACGGAUAAAGACGACUUUGCCGAAAAUAAAGAAUUUAUUACUGUUGUAGUGUUUAAAGGAAACGGAAAACGAAUUUUUUAUCCAUAUAAUCCUCCUCCUUAUAAAGACGGUGUUCGAAUUAAUAGUCCUCACUAUUUAUGCAAAAUGGUUGAAGAAGGUCCUGCAGCUUAUACAUUAGUUAUAUCUCAAUAUGAAAAAUCAGUUACGACUCAUUAUACUCUACGAGUUUAUUCAUCUCUUCCAUUCGGUUUGUCCAAAAUCAACGAUCCUUAUAAUUCAAGAUAUGAAAGAGAUAUUAAUGAUAAAUGGGAAGGAAAAACUGCUGGUGGUUGCUCCAACUAUCCAAAUACUUGCCGAAACAAUCCUAUUUAUCAAAUUCAUUUAGAUAAUAAUCACGCUAACAAUAUGAUGCUAUUUGAACUAAAAGCUCCAAAACAAUAUUCAGUUUGUGUUGAAGCGACUACUGUUAAUGAAAAUGUACCGGGAACUGUUGGUUCUUUUAAAAAGAAAGAUUCGGGAAGUUAUAGACCAGGCUUUUGCGUUCUCGAUUUAGAAAGCAUAUCUGGAGGAGUUUAUAAUGUAACCGUCUCUACUUUUAAGCCUGAACAGGAAGGGCCAUUCAUUCUCACUAUAAAAUCUUCGGAGAAUUUUAAAAUUUCGAGACUUCAAUAG